AUGAUGCCAUCGUAUCUUUCAGUUGCUGAAAAUAUAUCAGCCAUUGGAUUUUUAUUAUCAACUUCCUUCUGCUUGUUUGUCAUAUUCGUGACACUUUGCUUGAUUGGAGAAUCAAUGGGAACAUAUCGAUAUUUGAUAGUUUUGUUUCAAAUCAGUGGAAUUAUAUUCUCGGCAUUUGAUGCGGCACUUCAUCCAACAAUUCAUAAUUAUAAUGAUGGUUUUAUUGUUUUCACAACUUCGAAAGAUUUUAAAAAAGAAACUGUUGAUAUUCUUUUGGGUGAGAGUUCCGAAUUUCAUGUAUAAAACGAUGAGCUUAUUUUCAGCAAUUUUAUCAGGAAUGUAUUACGCGAAUCUAUGUAUCAUUGCAAUACAAUUCGUUUAUCGAUAUUGGGGUGUUUUUCAGUGAGUUAUAUUAUAUCCCAAUAUUUUUAAAAAAAUCAAAGCUUUCAGUGUUUCGAAACUUCGUUAUUUCAAAAGUUGGCGAAUUUUGUUAUGGAUUGGAUAUAUUUUUGUAACUUUUACUGCCAAUUUUUUCUCGAUUUUUUAUUUUGCCAAAAUUGAUAAAUAUUCGGAAAAUUAUUUCAAAGAUGUUCUAAGCGCAAAUUACAAUCUAACUAUUUCGGAAAUAUCUGGUUAUACACUUAUUAUUUAUGUUAGUUUAACCAAAUACAACAUUAUGGAAUUUUAAAUAUUAUUUCAGGAUAAAUAUGGAAAUGUUCGCUGGUUCAAUUUAUGUUAUUUCAUAAAUUCUGCAAUGAUUAUGGUAAUUCAAUAUUGUAUCAUCAUUUAUACCGCAUAUUCAUUGAGAAAAAAUAUGAAAAUUGUAAUGCGAAAUGGUUCUAACUCACUUCAAAAAAUGAAUCGACAAGUUUUGAAAGCUUUAAUAAUUCAAACUUUAACACCAACUAUUCUUUUCUUGGCUCCAAUUAUAAUUUCUUUUCUGAUAACAUUUUUCCAUUUGGAUAUUAAUGUACCAAGUGGGAUUUUUGCGUGUGCUCUUUCAUUUUAUCCGGCAAUUGAUGCACUGAUUCUUAUGUUUAUAGUUUCUGUAUAUCGAAAUGUUUUUAGAAGUGAGUUUGUUGGUCAAACAGGCAAAAAUAAAUAAUUUUAAAAUUUCAGGAAUUGCUACAUGGAAUUGA